AUGGCCGAGCGUGUCCACCGAGUUACCCUGUUCAAGCUGCCCAAGCCCGAGGAUGUCGACAGGUUGAUUGAGCAGUACAAAAUUCUCGAGGCUACACACCAAAAGAACGGCAAGCCGUACUUGCAAUCCGUCGUCAUCGGCAAGCCUGAGGCUGACCCUCGGGCUCAAGGCUAUACCUUGUGCGCCAAGACUGAAUUCGCCAGCGCCGAAGAUAUGAAGUACUAUGAUGAGGAGUGUGAGGCUCACAAGACGCUCAAGGGCGUCGCCAAAUCUCUCACGCUGGAGGGCGCAAUGAGCGUCUACUUUACACCCACCAUCUACAAGCCCAACAUCUCGCAAUAA